AGAGACAAGAGAGUAUUUGGAUAUUUUUGCUGGAAGGAUCUACUGAAAUGAGCAUCACACUGCCUGUGUAAAAAAACCAGCAGCAUCUUACUGGAAAAUUCAUAGGAAAAUGGCACAGUUCUUUGAAGAUGGAGCAAUCAGCUUUGUUACUACACUGUACUGGAAAGUACAAGCCAUGAGUUCUGUUUAACAGUAAUUGAAAUGACAAAUUGCAUUAACUUGUUUUAAUCACAGUUUGUUCAGUAAUUAAUCAUACUGAUGUGCUUUUACUCGCUACAAAGGUAAUAGCAAUAUUUCUACAUUUGUUGAUGGUCUUGAUCUGUCUUUAAGGGGGAUUGGAGAAUUCAGGCAAUAAAAAGAUGAAAAUCUUUGUUAAGAGUUCAGAGAAAAAAAAUUACAGGAAUUGCAAGGAUCCUAGUAAAGCUUUGGAAGGAGUGUAUGGAAUAUUCAAUACUUCUCUUUUUCUUAGAACCGCUACAGCAAGAACCAGGCAAUUUAUUUGUGUAUCAGCAUCAGAUGUGCUGUACCGUGCCCCUGCCUUUCUCAACAGAAAACUCUACCCUACUCCCAGAAACCUGUUAUCUGAACAAUCCAAGCCCAAAAGUGGUAUUACCUAGUGUUUAUUCCCUCAAUUUUGUACGUUAUUCCUCUCCUUUUCAGACAUAUUUGUGAUGAAGUCAUUUAUAGAAGUGUAUUGGUCUGCUGCUGAACUAAUGCUAGUUACAAUGGUACCGACUUGUUUGGUUGAUUGGUUUUUAAUUUAGAGCUGGAAUCUAUGUCAAGUGUGAAAAGAGGUUCUAGCCAUGGUUCCUUGGUCACUUAAAGUUGUAAUAUGGUCUUGGGCUGUCAUAAAUGCCACUAGGCAAAGCUUACUUGAUAGCUUUCCGAUUGCAGUUACUGGUGUAAUGCAAGGUUGUCUUUUUUUUUUUUUUUUUUUUUUUUUCAGAAAGUAAGUAUUUCCUGCAGUUCAGUUUUAAUUCCUUGUCCUCUUUUGCAAAUUUUUAGUAGUCUUUCUUCUGUUAGGUCUGACGUGCCCAUUUUCUGAAAAAACAUAGCUGCCUUUUGGUGAGGCUACUUAAGAUAACGUAAGGCAGAUAGGUGAAGCAGCUGAUGCCUCAGAACAGAAAUUAAAGAUGUACAGAAUCUGCUUGGACUAUAGACAAGCUGAAUUCCUCAUUGCCAAAAGGAGGAAGACUUCUUCCCUCCACUUGGACUGGGUAAACCUGCAGCCUGCUGCCUGUAAGAUCUGGUACUUCUCAGGCUUUGCCAUUUGUUGACUUAAUAAGAUAAAAUUGUCCAUCUUUCUGCUGGAUUUCUGUUAUGUUUUGGAGAGAUAGCUCACAGAAGGAUUGAAGAAAUACCAGAGCAAGCAGAAAGUAAGCACUGGAGGCACACAGCAGCAGGAAUUGCUCUCUGUUUCUGGCAGUGAGUGUAACACAACCCGCUCACUGCAACUUCGGGGUUUGUAGCCCAAAAGCUUAUUUAGCCACAUUCUGAAUGAGUGGGCAACUGAGUUAGUGACAGGCUGGGUAGAAGGGAGAGGAGAUGUAUUUUGCUGAAGUCUUUUUUAACUGCUAAGUCAUUUUAAAUGGCCUGGAAGGUGUGUUGAACAGUUCGAAGUAAUUACUUAAUUAAAGAUGAUUCCAUUCUUCAUAUAUAAGGAAGACGUUUAAUGUAUAGCUAUCUCACCUCGCUGUUUUAAACAAAGGAAGUAUUUGUUGGUGCUCUUUAUCUUUUUGACGAAGUGGAGAUGACAGUAGCAUCAUGACGACAGUGGGGUGUGCAUUGCUUCAAAGAGAAAGACUGGCUUGUAGUUAAGAUUUGUAUUUGUGAAGAGGACUUAAAACUCUAGAAUCAAGGGACUUGUGUUCUGAUGGCAACUGUUGGGCUUUGUGCAAAUAAUUUAUUAUUUGUUUCAUUUUCUUGUGUGUGAAGAAUGAGAAGUUUGUCUGACAAAAGUAAUGGUAAUGAUAAAUCUAGUAAUUAAUGUUAGUUCCUCAAAUAGUAUGGCUAUGAGCUUACUGAAGAAAAUACAGUAAGUAAGCUUAUUGAAGAGCACCUUUAGUAAACAUUUAUAUGUAGUUUCUUAUAUGUAUUUUUUUAAAGAAACAGUUUUAAGUGACCAUAAGUCAAGAUUUCCAGAGCAAUCUAGUCAAUUUAAUUAGGUAUUCUUUUCCUAUUUAGUGAAUGUAUUGAAUUUCUAAGAUCCAUUUAAACAUCUUCACUUGGGUGUUAAUGGACCUUUAAUUGCAUAAAGGUUGUGUGUGAUCAGUAGCUCAAAGAGGGCAAAGUUUGCUUUACAGUUUGACAAAAGGACCCUAUUUUUACAGGUUAACAAUGACAACAGUAACUUAAGGUACCAAAAGGAUUUCACUUUAAUUUUUAAGGCAUCAUGUCUGACCUUAAUCCUGCUGCUAUUGAUAGUUAGUAGCUAGUAAAUCUGUAUUCCCCUGAUUUUGCUUCAUUUGAAACUUAUUUUAGGAAAAUAACAACUAUGCAACUUAAAUACUAGUAAAUCCUUAGUGGCAGUGCAUGUUUUUCAUUCUGAUGUGUCAGUGAAAUACGGAGAUACAGAUAUAUAUGUAUGGCUAUAUAUUAUGCUUAUUUAACAAACUAAAGGAGAAUAGAAGUGUUGACAUCCACUUUUGAUGGGUGAAGGAAUAUAGAAAGAACUUAAAAUUUUGAACUUAAAAUCAGUGGAAAAGCAGUUUUACUGAAGAAACUACAUGGAAAGGUUAAAAAAAAUACAUAAGCACAUCUUGCACAUUCUUGGGCAGGGAAAGCACAAGACGUGCCAGUGGUGCACAGGGCAUUGGAAGGUCCUACUCAACAGGCUUAACUGCGAUUGAUAUCUCCAAAGGCUGGUUGGUGACCGGGUCACUGGCACUGCGGCCAGCUUGCCUGGGGCAGCUGCUGCGCCUGCUGUGCUCCCCAAAACAGAGCACAUGGACACUGCCUCCCAGGAGUUGUUCCUUGCCCAUGCUAACUUACUUACCACAUCAGGAACUGCUGGGAGCGGAGGGAGGGCGUUGUCAUUUGGCAUAUCCAAAAGUGUAUUUACAACUGUUGCACAAGCUGAAUACUGUGAAUCAGCAUAUUCUUGUGUCCAGGGAAGUUCUCUGGCAGUGUUUCGUUUAGUAGGGUACUUGAAGCUAUAGAUGAUCGAAAGGAGAAAAAAUUGGAGAAGGACAACCAUGGUAAUGUACAGACUUGAAAAAGACUAAAGAAAUGUGAAGGAUUGCUGUCAUGGCAGAUUUGAUGCAAAUAUUAAGACUCACAAAAAAUAACUUUAAAAAAAUUGUAGGUGAACCAAGUUUUUGUGAUGUUCUACAUUUUCUUGUAGCUGAUUGUAACACUGGCAGUAGUGCUAGCAUGUGUGAGCAAAUGGUUAUAAGAGAGCAAAUGAAGAUGUUUGGCCAGUUCGUGACACAUAUAUGUCUAUAUGUCAUAACUAGUCACAGCUUUUAGAAGAGCACAGCCUUCUGUAUUUGCCUGUUACCCGCGUAAGAGAAGAAAAAGCAGCGAUCCCAUGUUUCUUUCCAGCUGGGUAACAUCACUAUACCACUCGAGACCAAGCUCAUCCAUCUUUUCCUCAGUUAUUGCAUAAAAAGUGGGCACCCAUUUAAGGCUCUUCCCUAAAUGGUAUAAAGUACCCACCAAGCAGCCCACCUGUCCCCCACUACUGGUGUGAGCUUAAUUCUGUGUGGUAAGCUGCCAGUGAACUGGCUAAAUGCAAAACACAUUAUUAUGAAAAUGCAAGCAGUAUCAACUGUGGAAAAAAACAGAAUUAAAAAAAUAUUACUGCUUUCAUCAUUUCAAUGUCUGUGAAGACAGGACCUUAGGGCUUAAUGACUAUCUAGAACUUGAUAUUGUGUGUAAAAUCUGAUUAUUCAGACCAUAAAAUAACGCAACAUUCAGAGAGCUUUUAGUCACAAAAUUCUCUACAGGAAUCGUGUUGAGUUCUAAUCUGUUUUCAGGUUAAUCUAGUGAAAGCUUCUUGAGGUCACAAAUAGGUUGUUUAUUCUAUUGUUUAAAAAUCCAUAAAGAAUUAUGAAUCAUCUCUCAUAAUAAAUAUUGAUUCUUCAGGAAAACCUGUCUACUUUUGAAAUUACAAGGUUAUCCCUUCAAAUUAUGCUGGCAGUGACCCUUCUGUGAUACUUUGUUUCCAAUAAGGCUAUGAAGAUUUAAUGACAACAUAAUUUUCUGUGCAAGUGGAACGCAGCUAGUUAGCUCUUUUAUUGAUGAUGCACAAAAACAGAUUACAGUUGAGCUCAUUUUUAUUAUGUAUUUGGUUCUGCAUGGCUGAUAGGAAUAAAAAUUAAUUCAAGACUGUCAUUCAGUCAAGGGCAAAUGGUAGUGAAUGUACAACAGAAUGAGAACCUUUCAUGGUGUUUUUCUGCCAGAACUGGAUUUUAAAGUUAUUCUUUAAAACUGAAUACAAACAUCGAAAAGUAAUAUAAAAGGCAGUGAAACUAAUUUGAAAACAGCAAGUAAAAAAGUAAGAAGGUUUUUAAAGGAAUGUUUUCUGUUUGAAAUAUUAGAAUGUUCUCAUCAGAAGCCCUUUGGAUUCUUUAAGGAUCUUCUUCCUGUCUGGUACACACAGGUGGAGCAUUUCCCUUUGUGCUCAGAAUCAAGAACAGGACUCCCAAGCUCACGGUCUGGUGCACAGGGCACAACGCUGCUGUUUACCAUGAGGAUGCGAGAAGAAUCUGUAUAAAUACUCAGAGUAAUACUUCCCACUCCUGGGAUCAGAACAGAAUAAGACUUGGAAUUACGUUUUGGGAGUGGGAAUGAGUGUUUCUUUUCCUACCAGUUUGUUUUCUCAUCCAUGCGUAGAAAGUGGUUGAGAUUGCUUCAUCCUGGCAGGUGAGAAAUCUAUAAACUGUCUUAAUAAAAGACUUAAUUUCUUGACCGUGGUAGUAGAACACCUUGAGGGGAAAGAGUAUCUAAAGAAUUUUGAGAUCAAGAUUAAGCCUCCUAAUGACGUUGUAUUUUUGCAGUGCUAAACUUUAUCUAUUACAAAGAGGAGGAGCUCAGAUGAGAGGUGAAGCUGUUACUAAAAGACAGACUUAUAGUGGAAUAAGUGCAGCAUCCAUCAUCAUGUAACAGAAGUGAUGAGAAUUUGACCAUGGUGGUAUUACUGGGUAUGUAAUGAGGGGUCCAGGUGGUCCUUCAUAAAAAUAACACUUCUACCUGUAGCUUUGUUAGGCAUGUGAAUCUAUAGACAGUUGUUAGUGAUUCCUUAAGAAACCUUAUCUUACAAUCCUCUCAUUUGUGGAUUUGAAUUGUAGUGUUGAUACUCCCUCUUUUGUUUUGGUUUGUUUUCCUGCUAAUUCUAUUCACAUUGUAUUUACACAGAGUUUUUUCACUUCUCUGUGCCCUUUGUUUUUAUGAAGACUAGAAGGGUCUUGUUGAAAUUGCUGUAGCAAAAUCUAUUCAGCUGGUGCUGGCAGAAAUAAUUGUAUACAGCACUUGAGCUUUCAAGUGUUUCAGUGGUAACAACUCAUUAUUUCUAUCACCAGGUAGCUAGCUAAUGCUGGAGAGGUCAUUUGUCCUAGAAACAUCUAAUCAAAUAGCUGUGCUUUCUUUGUAAUUAGUUAGAGGCUUAUUUUAUUGUAGAAUUUUUUUCAAAUCAUUUAAGUGUGUCCUGAGGAGAGUAUCAGAAAAAUUGUAAAGAGUCAACCACAGUUCAUUGAAAAUACAAGAGUUUAACAACAUGCACUGUUUUCAGUUUGUCCUUUUUUUUUUUGGCAGGGGAGGGGAGAGGGAAGGGGAAGCAAAAGAAGUCCAGAGGGCCUAGGUAGCUGCUUAUGAAAAAUGUCAACUUAAAUCCCAGUACCUAACGCUGAAAGUAACCUGCUGCUUUCAGCUCACUUAAUUACUAUUGCAUAGGAAAAAAACACACUUUUGAAGAAUUCUGCCUCUUUUAAUCUUAAAUCUGUAUUACAGAAAAUCUGCAUGGUCUCCUUCAUACACUGUAGCUGUUUAUGCACUUUUAUGUGUGAUGAACUAAACUUGCCCUCUGAAAACUCAUUAAGUGACCUUAUAGCUUUGCAGUACCUUGUUAGCCUUUUUUAAUCUUUUGUACUUUGUUCAAAUUUGAUAGCAUUUUUUAACUAGUUAAACUUCUACUUUCUCAAAUGUGUUUUUUUUCUAAGAAGUGAUUACACCUGUAGAGACGUAUUCUUCUAACUUUAUUUAAGCACUGUUUGUUGGGUUUUUUCUUUAAAUGGUGCUAACAUUGCCUACUAUUUCUUCAUGCAUUUUUAAUACUUUACGUAUAGUUUGUGUUUACAUACUUGUGCUGCCUAAUAAUGCUCUUAUGUUCCAAGUUAGGAAUAAGCAGGUAUUUCUGCAAUAACAAUGUGUUACUGAGAAUAUUAAUAGAGUUUAUGAACAGAAGUCCAAACCAUGAAAUGAGCUUUGCUGUGUUUCCUAUUUUUAGCACUGCUUACUUGCUUCAGUUAGCUCAUUUAUGAACAAAUUACAGACCAAAAUUACCAAUGCAGCUAGGUUAUAUGAAUACUUAUGGAAAAAUUGGUAAAUGCAUUUGAAGAUCUUGCUCUGCCAUACAAUGCCACUUUUGAAGGCAAGUUUAGUGUUCUCUCUCCAGCCAAUGCAAGGGGUAUUGGUCUCAGCUGUUGCCCACAGCAGAUUGGGCGUUAGGAAACAUUUCUUCCCCAAAGGGCUGUGAAGCAGUGGAAAGAGCUGCCCAGGGAAGUGGUGGAGUCACCAUGCCUGGUGGUGUUUAAAAGAUGUGUAGAUGAGGCUCUUAGGGACAGGGUUUAGUGCUAAGAGUUAGCUAUGGUUGGACUCAAUUAUCUUAAGGGUCUCUUCCAAGCAAAGUGAUUCUGUGGUUAUGGCUAUUCCACAUGAUGGCUGCAGAUGGCUACAAGGCCAUACUUUUUGCAUGUGUAUGGCCUUGAUGUAGCACUUCCAGACAGUCUCCUCUGAGUGACCAUCAUCUGUGGCCCAACUAUACCAUAACCAGGAAUGCUUUAAAUGCAGUAGUCAGGAAAGGUUAUUAAGGUAACCAAACUGAAGCAAGGGUAAAUAAACAAGAGUUUAAACCACAGCUCUGAGAUCUGUGCAUGAACUUCCCUUAAUUUCUAAAUUCUGUAAGUUUCAGUAUCACAGUGUUAAAGAGGUAUUACAGGUUCUCCUGUCUGCAUAGGUUCUUGGACUGUAGCUUAUUAACACCACAGUUGCUUAAAACCUUUCAAUAGUCAUUGAGCAAUCUGACUAAUUCUUAUGAUGUGAUCUCAACCUCUCUCCUGGGGACAAUUGUAGGCAGUGAAAUGUCUUGUUUUGGUAUAAAUUUUUCUGCUCCCACCCUAUCCACCCCCUGUGUAUUAUUCAUGUUGCCAUCCCUUUUCCUUAAACAACAGCAGGAUCAAGAAACCAAGUCAUGUAGUUAGUGUGAGACGAUGAGAUCUGUCAUAACCAUGAUUUCCAGGCGUCCAACUCUCUUCUCUCGGUCCUUCUUUCCCUCCCAAUCACCUGUCCUUAGUGGGAAGAGGGGAGAGGGGAGGAGAGGGGAGCACAGGGGGGUUAACAAUACAUCUGCCACGGUUUAUUGACACCCUGCAAUCAAAGCCUCGACACCAGGAGAGACUGAUUCCCCAGUCAGCUGCACAGACAUGUUCGUGUGGCAGGAUAUAUGUGGUUUGCGUUUGGUUUUUUUGGUUUGUUUUUUUUGUUUGUUUGUUUGUUUGUUUUUCCCUGGGCUCAUCAGCAAACUGAGAAUUUAGCUUUUUUGUAUUUAAAGCCUGCCUUACCUUCUGAAGCUUUCUUUUUAUGAUCCUUCAAAGUAUUUCUUGUGGUGGUAUAUUGUUCUAUAUGAAAAGCCCCUCUUUUUUCUUGAUUUUUUAAGCAAUGUGACAUCAACUGUGAGGUUGCUAGAGAGCAACAGAAGUCACAGACUCUCUCUUUGGAAAUGAGAUUGUUGCCAUGACAAUGCUCCCAGCUGCCUCUUGUCCCAGAUGAGAAAAUAAUUUCUAGACUCCUAUAUUACAAGGUUAAGCUACAAUGUUUUAAACUAAACAGUAUAGCUAAUUGAUUCAAAUAAAACAUCAACACAAGGCUUGUUAAUCUUUGGGCCAAUAAUCAGCUCAAAUUGUUGAAUCAAAUAUUUGUGCAGGUAUUUAUCAAAUAUUAUUUUGCUAUUUGUUUUGGAUCAGAUACUUGAGGUAAAACUGAUGCGUGGAGAUGGAAAAUAUUUUCAUCUUACUGAUUUUAUUAAAUGUCUUUUUUAUAGUAGAAAUUAUCCAGAGAGCUGACUGAUAUUCUAUUAUCUCUCAAGUCCAGACAGCUGAUGAUGUAAGUGUUGGUUUUCUUGGUGGUCUCUGGUCAACCUCACUUUGAGCAGGAUUAUCACUGACACCAGUUCAGCCAUGCUGUGCCAACCAGUAUUAAAAACCUCCAAGCAUGGAGGUUUUACAACAUGUCUGGGAAAGCUGUUUCCAUGCUGCACUACGCCUGGUGAAUAAGCUUUCCCAAAUGCCCGAUUUGAACCUCCCAAGUCACAACUUGUGGCCAUUGUACCAUGUUACUGUUAGACUAUGUGAUUAAUCAUGGUCAAUACAAAAAAGCCUGAUGAAGUUCAGAUGAAUAGUGACAGGUAAAGGAACCUUAGUUAAGCUAAUCAAUGAAAACUGGAAGAUACAGACUUGACUGCUCCUAAGACUACCGAAGAAGAAUGAUUAGACCUUUGUCCCUGGUGUGAAAGCCCAAGAAACUCUCCUACAACUCCUUGCAGAGUGAAGUAUUGCUACGAGGGACUUCAUAUGGGAUGCAGGAGGAAGGGCACUUUGGAAUUGUUUAAAAGUUAUUAUGAGAUGAUUUUAACAGGAUUGUGGUGAUGUGUGAAACUCUCUAUGGAAUGUUUAGAGGAAGGACCAAAGGCUGGGAAAGGGAUGGAUCAAUGUAGCGGGGAGGAACAAAUCUGGUUUGAUUUUUCUCUUGACCAGUCUACUCUGGUUGCUUUUCAUCACCUUAUGAUCCCCUGUUUUUUUCAGUUCUCUUAAUUUUCUGAGUUUUGAAAUGUACCUCACCGUUCUUUAUUUCUCUUAGUUUUUCUCCUUUUAAAACAAUACGCCUCUACUAUUCCCACUGAAGUCCUCUGCGACCUUUGUGACUUCUAAAAGGUAAUUGUAAGUGCUUCAGAGAAGACUUUUGCUAGUUCAUAAAGUACCUGCAGAAUUUAGUCUGUCCUUGCCACUUUGAAAAUACCUAACUUUUUCAGUAUCUUUGAGAAGUUUUUCACUUAAUCUGCCCUCCAGUCCUAAUCCUCCAUUAAAUUCAAUUUCAUUAAGUAUCUGAUCACUGUUUAUGAAGUCUGCAACAAAAAAGGGCAUCAAAUCUGUGCCAUUUGCCCUUCUCCUUCAGUAAAUAAUGGUGUUUUGAUUUUUACUUCUUUUUAUAUCCAAUGCAUUUACAGAAUACUUGUCUGGUUUUUAUGUCCCUUGCUAAUGGUAAUCUUUUUAAUCUUAAUUCCUAUUUUAUCCUAGUUUGUUAUUGAGUUAUUCCUAUAUGGUCACUCUUAGGAGUUUGUCCUUUUAUUCCACUCAUUGGCACCACUUCAUUCUGACUUUCAAAUUUUUAAAGAAUUCUUGAACCAGACCUUUUAAGCUCUUAGUAUGGUUCCUGCCAUUUCUCCAUCAUUAUAGUACCUUUUAUUAAUUGCCAGCCACCCUUAAAGAGCCUUUCUCUCUCAGACUCUUAGCAAGAGAGGACAGAGAAAGGUUGCCUUUCUUGGGCUGUUUUGGUUUUGGUUUUUUUGGUUUUUGUUUGUUUGGUUAGGUGUUUGUUUUUGUUUUGUUUUGUUUUGUUUUGUUUUUUUUGUAUUUUUGUUGUUGUUUUGUGGGUGAGGUUUUUUGUUUGGUUGGGUUUUUGGUGUGGGUUUUGGUGUUUUUUUUUCUUGUUAUUGUUGUGGUGGUGUUUUGGGGGUUUUAUUUGCGGUUUUGUUUGUUUGUGGGGUUUUGUGUGUGUGUGUUUGUUUGGGGUUUUUUUACAUAUUAUCCUUACAAUGCUGCACAUACUUUUCCUUUCUCAUACUUUUCCUUUCUCAUAAUUUUCCUUUCUCAUAAUUACAUAAUUCUGCCAUAUUAAGAUAGGUGUUACAUAAAUUGCAUUCCACACAAAUAUUCUCCAACAGCUUUCACCUGAUAUGAUUGUGUGUGGCAAUUUCUGCCACCUUUAGAAUAAAAAAGUAAUUUACAAGGUAUGUCCUAUCAUAGUCUUUUCCAAAGCUACCUGAGUAACUUAUGUUUUUCAUUACCACUAGUCCUAUCUGUCAGCUAACAAAAGAAUUAUUUUCCUAUGUCUUCCAUAGCGAUGGAUUUGGAUGUGUUUUUCAAGUUAGGUCCUACUUCAGUGGUCUUUGUUGAAAGUGAAGUCUUUUCAAUUCACUUAAGUUUCUACACCUUUAGAAUUUAGUCCAUGGUUCAAGAGUAAGACAUGGAACAUGUUUUUAUUGUUUACUUCAGACCUUGGGAUAUUUUCAUAAAGAGAUCUGAAAACAAAAAUUACUGAACACUUGAAAAGUCGAAUGUUUCUAAGAGGGAAAUAUUUGUUUUGUUUUCCAUUCAGUCAAAAAUAUAUGCCUUGGUUCAUUUCCCAAAUGAAUGGCUCAUCUCAAUAAUAAUGAAUGUGUAAAAAGAGUUUUAGAAGAUGUAUUGAAAAUAGUCUUAUGUGCAAUGUCUUUCAGCAGUUAAUAACUUCUUUCUGCGUUGUCAGAAAAAAACACACACUUCAAUGCCAUUGCCAGCUCAGAAGUUCAAGAACAAGUGAAAACUGUUAUGAACAUUUUUUUUUUGUUACUGAUCCUAUACAAAGAUACCAAAGUGCAUUUAGCCAAGGUUGCAAAGCAAUUCAAAGUCACUCAAAGUUGCAGGAGUAUUUCUAUGGCCUGAUUGUGUUGUUUGGUUGGUUUGUUUGGUAUUUUUUUACAAAACAGUCACUUGUGCUGUGCACCCAAAAAACUUCUUUCAGGAAAAAUACUAUGUGAGCACUUUUUAAUAUGUUUUAUGUGUUUUGCCUUUUUAGAACUUUGUCUCUUGAGUUCCUUGGUAUGCUGAACAAGAUUAUUGCAUGCAAGUUAGCAUUUUUACAUGUUUAUGGCAACAGAACAAAGCCAUAAACCACCCAUCUCAAGCUUUUUGAAGACUCUGGAUAAACAAGUUGCUGGUCUGUGUCAAAGCCUUUCCCCUAAUGAUGAUGGCAUUAUUGGACAUAGUGAUCAUGAAGUGAUCAAGUUUUCUGUUCUUGGAGAAGUAAGGAGGAGGAUCAGUAGAACUGCUGCCUUGGACUUCCAGAGGGAAGGCUUUGGCCUGUUUAGGAUGCUGGUUGACAGAGUCCCUUAGGAGACAGUCCUGAAGGGCAAAAGAGUCCAGGAAGGCUGAAGAUUCUUCAAGAAAGAAAUCUUAAAGAUGUAAGAGCAGACUGUCCUCGUGUGCCAAAAACACAAGCCAGCAGGGAAGAAGACCGGCCUGGCUGAACAGAGAGCUUUGGCUGGAACUCGGGAAAAAAAGAGAAUUUAUGACCUUUGGAAGGAGGGGCAGGUGACUCAGGAGGACUUAUAAGGGUGUUGUGAAGUUAUGUGGGAGAAAAUUGGAAGGGCCAAAGCCCAACUAGAACUUCAUCUUGCUACUUCUAUACAAGAAAGUUAAAGAUGUUUAAAUACAAUAGCAACAAAAGGAGGACUAAGGAGAAUCUCCAUCUUUCAGUGGAUGUGGGGGGAAAUAGAAAGACAGAGGAAAAGGCUGAGGUACUAAGUGUCUUCUUUGCCUCAGUCUUUAACAGUAAGACCAGUUGUUCUCUGGAUACCCAGCCGCCUUAGCUGGAAAAUGAGGACAGGGAGCAAAAUGAAGCCCAAAUAAUCCAAGGGGAAAUGGUUAGUGACCUGCCGCACCACUUAGACACACAGAAGCUUAUGGGGCCAGAUGGACUCCACUCAAGGGUUCUGGAGGAGCUGGUAGAGGUGAUCACCAAACUGCUUUCAACUAUUUAUUAGCAUUCCUGGCUAACCAGGGAAAUCUCAGUUAACUUGAAGUUGGCAAAUGUGAUGCCCAUCUACAAGGGCCAGAAGGAGGAUCUGGGGAAUCACAGGCCUGUCAGUCUGACCUUGGUACCAGGGAAGGUCAUGGAACAGAUCAUCCUGAGUGCCAUCACACAGCACAUACAGGACAACCAAGUGAUGAGGCCCAGUCAGCAUGGGUUUAUGAAAGGCAGGUCCUGCUUGUACAACCUGAUCUCCUUCUAUGACAAGGUGACCUGCUCAAUGAUCUGUACAAGGGGAUUGAGUGCACCCUCAGUAAGUUUGCAGAUGACACAAAUUGGGUGGGCAUGUUGAUCUGCUUAAGGGUGGGAAGGCUCUACACAAGGAUCGAUGGGCUGAGGCCAAUUGUAUGAGGUCCAACAAGGCCAGGUCCAACCCUUCGGUCACAGAAGCCCCAGGCAGCACUACAGGCUCAGGGAAGAGUGGCUGGAAAGCUGCCUGGCAGAAAAGGACCCAGGGGUGUUGAUUGACAGCUGGCUGAAGAUGAGUCAGCAGUGUGCCCAGGUGGCCAAAAAGCCCAACAACAUCUGUGCUUAUGUCAGGAAUAGUGUGGCCAGCAGGAACAGGUAAGUGAUUGUCCCCCUGCACUUGGCUCUGGUGAGGCCCCACCUUGAAUCCUGUGUUCAGUUUUGGGUCACUCACUAAAAGGAAGACACUGAGGUGCUGGAGAGAGUGCAGAGGAGGGUGACAAAGCUGGUGAGGGGUCUGGAGCACAAGUCUGAUGAGAAGCAGCUGAGGGAACUGGGGCUGUUUAGCCUGUAGAAAAGGAGGCUCAGGGAGAGCUUUCUACCUAAAGGAAGUUGAAGUGAGGAGGGUGUUGAUCUUUUCUCCCAAGUAACAAGGGAUAGGACAAGAGAGAAUGGCCUCAAGUUGCACCAGAAGAGGUUUAGAUUGGAUAUAAGGAAAAAUUUCUUCAUGGAAAAGGUUGUGAAGCACUGGAACAGGCUGCCCAGGGAAGUGGUUGACUCACCAUCCCUGGAGGUGUUUAAAAGACAUGCAGAUGUGGCACUUAGGGACAAAGUUUAGGCGUGGACUUGGCAGUGUUAGGUUAGCGGUUGGACCUGAUAAUCUUAAAGGUCUUUUCCAACCUAAAUGAUUCUGCAAUAUUUACUGGCACUUACUGACAUCAUUAUCCACACUACUAAGUUUAAAUUACUGCUACUUUGCCCUUGCUAGAACGGAUAGCUUCCUUAUAUGAGUUAGAUAGGUAUAUUUUUCAUAUCCCUUACACAGAGAGUCUGAUUAGUUGUAAUAUAGUAGCCAAGUUGUCUUUGCAACUGACUUUAGAGCUUGAUGAAGUAGUAGGUUGAUCACUCUCAGUCAAAUUCUUAAUUUGCAACAGUGACACAAAUUGUUAAAAUAUAGAGAACUUGUAAAGAGACUUUCCAUGUAGCAGAGGCUGCACUGGAAAAAUUCAAAUGAAUGCUUGUCAGUUAAAGCUGAGCAGAAUCAGAGGGAUAAUUAAAACUUCAGUAUAUUUUGGGGAAGGAAAAUGCAGUCAUUUGGCUGAGAAAUGAAGUAUCUUAAUUAACAUGGCUAACAACAAGUCAUUAGGGUAAUGUAUUAUUUUGAAACCUGUAUACAACCAAACCAUACCAAUGUAAACUCAUCCUACCUUAAGAUCAUUAUAUAAUUUUCAGGGAUGAAAAAUUAUUCUCAAAAUACUUCAUCAAGAGCAGAGAGAGAUAUGUAAUGAUUUUAAUUUUUUUCCAAAGUUUACUUCUACAGAAAUAGAUGCCUUUUUGCGCAUGAGUGAAUGAAUGCCGUUGCCCUUUCUUCUCUCUUCUAAUUAAACACUUCCCACUUCACUUCUGUUCUGCCAGCUCAGAUGAGAGUUUGGAAAUUAACAAAGAGAUGCAAACAGCAAGAAAGUAAAGAAAAAUAGAAGGACGGGGGAGGAGAUAAACAGUGAUGGAAUAUGUAAGAAUCAAUGGCACAAACCAAAGAUGCACCCCAAUUUAUGUCAGGGUGACAUGAGACCUAUCAAUAAAUACCACUAAAUUCGAUGGUGUUUUCUAGAGUGUAUCCACAUGGGCAGAGUGGAAAGGUAUCUUUGCCUGCCCUUUCUUCGUAUACUAUUUCAGCAAGAUCUGUUACCUGUUCAAAGCACUUUUAUUAUUUCAUAAGAUACAAUACGGUAUUUUCAUGCCUUACUAAGCUUUAUAAACCUUGGCUAUGAACCAGAGGUUAGAUAUGUCAAACAUACAGAUAUCAGAAAUUCCCUGAGCUGCAUAAUGCUAAAAGCAGAGACAAUGUGUUUUUCAUCUCUUGCCUGUAGCCACUGCUACUGGCCAGUGUCAGGGAAAAGAUACUGUUCUGACUGCCUGUGGCCAUCCUCGUGUGUCACGAAGUCUUGCUUGUACUUUAAAGAGAAAUAUCACUGAGUUUUAAAUGUUACAAGCAAGUCUUUCCUAAAUAUUUGUUGUGUGUAUAUAUUGAAUUGUGUAUGAAAUAUAAAUCCUCACAUGUUGUGCUUUCUCUGAGGAUGAAAUAUUGAAGGAUAGAAAUUAUUCAUAAUACAAAUCCUCCAGUAGAGCUUGCACAGUACUUAAAAGUUCCAUCAGUUUUAAUUAUGGCUUAUUUCAGAGACGGACUCUGAUCCAAGUGGAUUGCGGGCUGGAUCAAGUAGCACAAAAACUUAGGUGUUGGCUCCUCUUGAAAAGAGUAAAUACAGUACUAGAUGAGACGUCAUCUAAAGGCCAUGCAGAUAGACAAUACAACUUUCAGAUCUAUAGUAACAAUUAACUCAUCUAAUUAAUUUAUUUUGACCUGAAUUAUAUGUUAAUUAACUCCUGUGAAUCCAAAUAAACUAAAAUAGAAACCUGUUGACCAGCCUCUUCUACUUUUGGUAUUUGCUGUUUUUUUGGGGUUUUGUUUUUUAUUUUUUUGUUUGGUUGGUUGUUUUUUUGGGGGUGGGUGUGUGUGUGGUUUUUUUGUUUGUUUGUUGUGGGUUUUUUGUUUAUUUGUUUGGUUUGGUUUAAUUUUUUUGUUUGGUUGUGGUUUGUUUUUUCUUUUUUUCUAAUUUUAUAGCUCUGAGACACUAAUCCUGAUUCUUUCACAUUAAAACAUGAAGUAACAAUAGGGUUUAUGGUUGAUCUGUUCCUAAUAGUUAAAAAUCAACUUGUGUCUAUGCAAUUCUAAAUGUGACUAGUAGUACAGCACCUAGUUAAUUCAGCUAUGCAAAAUAACAUGGUAAAUUUGAGCAUCUGACUGUGUGUGUUUGAGCAACAUAAAUAAUCUUCUGAACUGUAACCUCCUUCAUGGUUCUCCAUUACUGCACCUAUUUAUUAAUCAAGGAAAUUUAAUUUAGUUACUAUGUUGUUUUAGUCCUUAUGGAAGAACUUUGUACUUUAUAAUUCAUUCAUACUUGCAAGUGUAAUAUGUCAAAGUCCACCAGAGUAAGCACAGAGUGUGAAAUAAUGAAGAUGCAAUUUUGCUGCAUUUGAGAUAGUGUGUUGGAGCUGAUUUAUCCACCUGGACUUAAGUAGCAGGCAAAGUACAGCUGUAGAGAAUGACCUUGUUUAUUUGUGUGCAUUUUUCUUUGCCAAGCUUCACUUGAAAGAGGUAAGGUGCCUGCCUAGUGCAGUUUUCCUCAGUUACUUUCUUAAUAAUUUAUAAUGCCAAGUUCUAUUCUGGAAUUAAAUGGAUCUGUAAAUCAUUUCAAUGAGUAAACAUGAGGGAAGAAAAAAGACUGUCUCACUCAAAAAUGAUAAAGAAAAACAAAACAGCUAAAAAAAUAACUCCGGAUCCAAGUACAGAUUUCCUGAAAUUUAGUGAUGCUUGUGGGUUAGGUUUUGAUUUUAAGUAAUUUAUAGUAUAAUAAUAAUAACAACAAAAAUAAUAGAAGCUUUCAGGGAAAAGCAGAACUUAAAUGCUUUAAAUAAAACUCUCUGCCAAAUUUAAUGGAAGGUAAUUUUCCAGUUUAUUAUGAUACCAAUGUCAAAUGACUAACUUUGCAUAAAAUAGCAAAUUGUAUGUUAGUAGUAAAUCAGAAUUAUUGCUGAAUAGUUUUAGGUAGAGUAGAAAAUUCUGUUUUUCUGCGUUUUUGUAUGGCAGCUAUAAAAAUUGACUCUCAAACCUGAACUUUAUUACAAUUAUUGAUCUUGGACAUUUAAAAAAAUAAUGCUGAAUAUUUUUUCACUCUGGAAAACUGUUUGCUGAAUGUGCUGCUAAGUCAUUAGAUUUAUAAGGAAUGUGUCUCUUUUGCAACAUAAACCAGUGUGGACAAGGGUACUGACCUCUGUAGACUCUGUGCUGAUGCUGGCAGGAAAUAAGCUCUGACCGAAGAGCUGCUGCUAGAACUGUUUUCUGCCUUUGUCAAACACACUGUGAGGAGCUCAGUCCUUAAAUAAAAAUUAAAAAAAGAAAAGAAAAAGAAAAAGUUUUGGCUGGAGUGUAAGUGAAUGUGUCCCUUGAGAGUAUGGGAAACAUUUGUUAUCUUGAUUCAGUUUAAACUGUCAUGGAUAUAGAAAUUCCUCUUCAGUCAAGCUGGGAUUUGCCUAAGUGAGGACACCCAGAUUUAGUCCAGUAAUAGCUUAAGCCUUCUUGCUAUGUUGAAUAGACAGUUACUAUAUGUGUAACCCCCAAAGGAGGAUAAAAUGGGCCUCAAAACUAUUUUGAUUCAAUAUAUUGAACCCUUGUGGGUUUUGAAUAGGCUGAAGAAAAGUCAUUUUUGCUUUGUUUAUUGAGUUUUUUUUUUUUAAAUCCGAUUUAAACCUGCGACCUAUUAUUUAAAGAUGGAGAUGAAAAUUCAUAAAAAGUGUAGUCCGGAUGUGCUGAAGUGAGUUCUCCAUUGUAUGGAAAUAUUCCCAGCACUUGGAAAGCCAUGUCUUUGACUACUGUUUGACCUGCUGACAGUCUGCAGAGCCAGUGUUACUGUUUCUGACAGUUCAACCAUUGGUGCCGCUAUUUCACUACAGUUUGGACUCGGGGAAUAGGCAAAGUUCAAUUCUGAUAAAUAUAAAAUGUGCUUUUUCAUUUGUCAUUACAUUACUUUCUAUGGCUUUUUGUUACACACAAAAUUAAAUUAUGUUUCAUUACCCAGUAUGGCAUAAGGUGACAGAGGUGAGUGAUGUUCUAAGUGUGGCAGCACAGUCAGAGGAAUGAUUGGUCAGAAAUAGGGUGUGAGACAUCAGGAGAAGGAGAGGUCCUUGAAAGAUGGGAGAGGCCAGUUUCUGCAGAGUCUCACUGUGUUGAAGCUAGGUAUUUUGACACCUUCCUCCUUCAGGACUUCCAUACUAAAAGUCAUCAAUCUUUCCAUUUUCAGUUCCAGUCUGUGUUGCUGCAGGAGGACCGACUGGGACAGAAGAUGCUGUUGAGGAGGUCAGCAGGAUUUAUUCUGUUCUUGCUCUCCCACUGCACUGUGUCGGUGAGCACCGGAGAGGCAAUGGUCUUGGCUAAUGCCCACCUUCUCCCUCAAAGAGGCUAUGAGAGACUGGGUAAUGCUGAUGAAAAAGACUAUCCGAGGGAUUGUUUUGAGAUUUUUCAGCGCUCCAAAGGAAAUUCCAGAGAUGGUCUUUACAUCAUCCAACCAAAGGAGGACCCAAUUGUUGUCUCUUGUAACAUGCAGGAUGGUGGCUGGACGGUAAUCCAGCACAUUACAGCCAAUAGUACUGUUGACUUUGAUAGGACCUGGUGAGAUUACAAAUAUGGAUUUGGCUCCGUUCUUGACAACCACUGGUUAGGAAAUGAAUAUAUGCAUCAGUUAACUAGCAGUUCCGUGCAAUAUAUACUUGGAGUUAAACUUGUGAACCUAAAUGCUGAAAUCAAAUGGGGACAGUAUGAACCGUUCCUUAUUGAAGAUGAAGAAUCUCAAUACCGAAUCAGGGUUGGUCUAUACAAAGGCAACGCCACUGAUGCUCUGACCCUGGACACAGAAGCUUAUCUCCAUGACAACCAGAAGUUCACCACCAAGGACAGAGACAAUGACAAUUACUUUCAGAAUUGUGCUAAAUUGGAACACAAUGGCAUUCCUGGGGGAGGCUGGUGGUAUGACGCGUGUGCUGGAGCAAAUCUAAACCGUAGAAAUGUGAUAUACUGGCAAAAGGACUGCAACAAGCAGCACAUGUGCAAGUUUGCGUGGAUGAUGAUCAAACCCAUUGACCACAGCCUGUCAUAUCCAACCAAGUCCUGUCCAUGUCAGAAAGUUGAACUGUAGAUAAGCCAUGUGUACUUUGAAAGGAACACGGAUUCUUUGUCCAGUGACUGAGGUGAACUCACGCUUACUGAAUAAUCACGCUAAGUAAUCAUGACUGAAAACUUAAUUUGGGCUGCUGCAUGAAAGCAUAUUGUCCAGGACUGGACCAGGACAUAGACAUAUACCAACCACACAAGGAAAUCGAGAGUAUGAUGUUUUGUAUGAGAUACACAUUAAUAUAUAUGCAUUUCAGAAGAUUUUGCUCCAGUAUUAACAUUCAUGCUUGAUCUCUUAUCAUUGCACAACUUAUCAUGCAGGAAGGAAAUUUCCAGUGGAAUACCUACAUUUACAAAAUGCAUGUUUGAGAGUAUUGUGUAUCACAGGGCAGCAUCAAGCCUUUUCUUUUUACCUUCAGUGAAAGGUAUUUUAACAUAUAAAAUUGGAAUUAGCCUCAUCUCUCAUGGCUUCUUUUCUGCUUCACUGACUCUAUCUCUACUUUUUAAUGAUCCCAUAGACAAUGAAGUAUUCAGCGUAGUCUUUUCUUCCUUCUUUUUAGAGCACCCAGAGUUACUGGGAAUCAUCAGCUUUCCCACUUAAAGCUACAAAUCUAAAGCUUACAACGCCUCUGAAUUUUUCCCCAAGAAACUCAGGGAACACAUUUUCCAAAAGAUCAAAUUGAUUUUGCAAUUGUUUACUUAUUGCUCAAUUUUUUUCUUGAAUAUUACCUCACUUUUUUUUUUUUUUACCAUAUUUUGACUGUUGCUUCUCCAUGUUCCAUGCUGUGCUUCAGCUUUCUCUUUGUUUUUAAUACUAUGUGAAAAAAGACUAGAGUGUUGGCUUUAUUUCAUAUUUGCUACCUUCAGUUGUUUUGGUAUUGGAUCUUGACAUUAUUUCAACAGUUCCUUUUUCUGAUUGUAAAAUAGAGAAUCUUUAAAUUUCAAUAUAAAUUCAUCUAUUUAAAAAUAAUAAAUAAAGGCAUUUCAGUUUUU